AUGGGCAGCCCUGUUGUAGUUGCAUCUCCGAGGAAGAGCCCAUUGUCUGGAAGAAGGCUAAACAAACCGCUUGUGGAGAAGAAACGAAGGGCCCGUAUCAACGGCUGUCUGGGACAGUUAAAAUCUUUGAUUCUCAGUGCCGUGCAAUCUGAGCAAGGCUCACAAGUGUCCAGGCUGGAGAAGGCAGACAUCUUGGAAAUGACGGUUAAAUAUCUCAGGCACGUUCAGCGACAUCAAGCGUCAGCAGUUGCUACCUCAGAACCGGAGGUGGUCGCUAAAUUUAGCGCAGGCUACACGGAAUGUGCUACAGAGGUCAUCCGCUACAUGGAUUCUGUUCAAUGUGUUGCUCCCGAGGUGAGAUCCCGACUAGAGUACCACCUGGUGGAGAGACUUAGGGGCUCUGUCCCCAACACCGUUACGUCAACCACAUCUGGGGCCAAUUCUGCAGGCCUAGCCUUCACGGGAAUGCCGACCAGUACUCAGACAUCCGUGAGUGACGUAUGUGGUAGGCUUGUCUCCUCCACCAACACCUCCAUCCCUGAACAGAUACACCGACAUUACCAAACAGCCGUGGAUUUAGCAAAUAUGGCGGCUGCUGUAACUGCGAAAGAGGCAGUGAAUCCUGCAGCAGGAGCAGAAACAAUAACAGUUUUAAACCAGUCUCAGUCUUUUCACAGAGCACCACAUUCAGUUUCUGAACUGUCGUUAGUCGGAGCGGUCCCUCCUGGCGUGCAUGCGGCGUUCAGUAUGGUCAUUCCUCAAAGAGCCAUGGCAGUUAACCAGAUGUACCAAAGUCGUGAGGGUUACCAUUCUACAUCUACAGAUAUCAUCCGCUCCCACAGUAUUUCCCCGUCACACACACAGCCACGCGAGGUUCCCGUUCCCAUGGUGACUUCGCCGUCAUCAACGUAUCAUGUUAGCCAUAUAAGGCAUCGUAGCGAGCCCGGUUUGUCUCAAAUGGCCUAUUCUUUAACAACAAGCAGGAGUGUCAGUGAGGAAAUGAACAUGUGUAUAAAUAAUGAUGCAAAUAACAACUAUGGAGGAGACAAACUUGUGCAGAAUUCCACAGGUAGCAGCAACAUAAAUGAAUAUCUCAGUUCCUUUCAACGUCCUCUGCAUAUACAUAUUCCUGACGGCGGUUCUUCGCGUCCACAAAAACCGGCGCCGUCACCACCAUACAUACCAGAUAGCCCUUCUCCCCCGGCUCAACAACCCACGCCAUCUCCACCGUUUCUUCACCCACAUGUAGGCUACCCCCACGUAUCGGGACAGUCCCACCCGAUAACUGUAGCAAGCAGCACAGAAUACAUGCCACACACGGUGCUCUAUGGGUACACUGACUAUCAAACGGGUGUUCCACGCAUGUACCCAGCACAGUACAACACGAAUACCACUGACAUCCACACAAGAUCAUCAGACAUCAUGUAUAACGAUAAAAGCAGCAGAGAAUCAGCCAGCAGCAAUUAUAUUGAUAAUAUCAGCCGAGAAUCAGCAAACAACAUUUAUAACGAAAGUAUCGUCAGAAUCUCUACAGACAGAAACAUGUCACAGUUCUUGAAUAACUUUUCUAAAAACUACGCGGACAAUAUCAGCAAUUAUCAGUCAGACUUUGAAAACCACCCAUCCUUCCCGCAUGGAACAAGAGCCACUCCUUCACCGCCCACUCUGUUACCUGAAGAAGCUUACGUCAGCGAUACCAGUGACCAGCACUAUGACAACAGCUAUCAGGACCUGUCCAGUCAAGAAUACAGUCCUGACUUUUCAGCAAAUGGUGAUUUUCGCGCCAGUUUCCCAGCAGCCCUCUCUCCUAACGUCAAAGAAAAUUACGACCCGCAAUCAAUCAGGAGCAACGGUCAAAUGAACUCUAAUGUACAAUACAGAUGUAAUCAGUACGAUCAGCUUUCCGGCUAUCCUCGGCAGCGUCAAAGUAAUCUAACAACAACAUCAGCGAUGAAACAAACCAGCAACUUCCCUACUGAACAAUCCACGGGGAAUGGGCUAACAGACAAUGGCCAGGACGGGAUGAAAGGACCCUGUCAGGCCCAAACCGCCCCCUCCCGCCAAAACGACCAGACACUAUCCCCUCCAACCUUAAAGAAGCGGCUGUUGUUGGCUCAAGGGUCAGCGGGCGAGUGGACGACCCCACGCUACAGUGGAGCGAGCGAGGACAAAAGACAGUUUCGGAGUGACACUGGACGGGUGCUUUCUUUAGAGGUGUCCACAGACCCGCGCCUUGGGCGUGACGAACACGAGUCCCAGGUACAUCAAGAAUCUGCAGCCACGUUACCUGGUGCAGCAUUCUGUGCCCUGCCUGUCCACGCUGUGCCCACUGACGAAAGCUUGUGGCGACCCUGGUGA